AUGCCGUUUUCGCAGCACAUUCUUGAUAAUGCCCUCGGGGCGGUCGGGAACACGCCUCUCAUUAGGCUAGAUAGAAUCUCGAAGGCAGAAGGUCUCGAAUGCAAUCUUUUAGGGAAGCUUGAGUACCCAUCGGUGGGCGGCUCUGUGAAGGACAGGAUCGCCAAACGCAUGGUUGAAGCUGCAGAGAAAGAGGGCAAACUGAUACCCGGCUAUAGCGUUGUUAUCGAGCCGACAUCGGGAAACACAGGUAUUGGACUAGCAAUGGCGUGCGCCGUCAAGGGAUAUUCGGUAAUUAUCACGAUGCCCAACAAGAUGUCCCUCGAGAAAGAAGCCGCUUUACGUGCGCUUGGCGCGGAAGUUGUACGGACGCCGACGGAGGCAGCCUGGGACUCUCCAGAGUCACAUAUAGGUGUUGCGCAGAAGCUUCAACGUGAGAUCCCAGGAGGUAUAAUCCUCGAUCAGUAUGGCAAUGUCAACAACCCCCUCGCUCAUGAGUACACUACCGGGCCCGAAAUCAUUGAGGCUGUCACGUCUACUCCCGCGACUACGGACAAACCGUCAUCGGGUAAAGUGGAUGCUUUGAUCGCAGGCGCUGGCACUGGAGGGACGAUCACUGGCCUCUCUCGCGCUAUCAAGAAGAUACACAAUAAGGCCUGCAUAAUUGUUGGAGUCGAUCCUAAGGGGAGCAUACUUGCUGUUCCCGAUAGCCUGAACACUGCAGACGUAGGCGCUCAGUACAUCGUCGAAGGUAUCGGAUAUGAUUUCGUUCCCGACGUCCUCUCGCGCAACGAGAUCGACUACUGGAUCAAGACGGCGGAUGAGGAAGCAUUCGAGGCCGUACGGAAGCUCAUGCGCCUGGAGGGCCUGUUGGUCGGGGGAAGCAGCGGCAGUUCGCUGAGCGGUGCGCUAAGAUGGCUGCAAGAGACUGAUGAGGGUCGGAGGAUCGCACGUACAAGAGGUGCAAACGUUGUCGUCUUGUUACCAGAUGGAAUACGCAAUUACAUCAGCAAGCCCUGGUUCUUGAAGAUGGCGAUGGGGGCGGAGCCAAGUCCCCUUGCUCAUCGCAUCACCGCCAUUCUCAAACCAGAAGCAGGCACGAGCGUGUAGAUUGGAGUUGUCGACGGUGCCGCUGAGGGCACUGUUACGCAUACGCUAAUUAGAGAUCAUCUAGUCCUUCCAAUUCGUCAGUUCGUCACCUCAUCAUGCGUCGUUCUCAUUCGCCAGCUUUGGUCGCUCAUGAUACAAAUUUCGUUGUGAAAACCUAUUCCAUCGUCGUGUAUCCUAUAUACUUCCGCUAUCGAUUUGUCCAUAAUUAUAGGCCAUAAAAAA